AUGGCUUUCACGCAACCUCGUCUACCACCUUUGCCAAGGGUGUUCUUCACCCUCGAUGACAAGUCGCCUCAAUCCCAGAGGACCCUCCGCCGCUCCAGUAGCUUCUCCGGAUAUACUCCCUUCGAGCUCAGCGAUGCCAACUUCGAACUCGACUUGAGCCCGAAGUCUUGUGGAGACGGUGGCUGUGAAGUGACGGAGACGACCAUUGCGGAUAAGUGUGGGCCAGGAGAGCCGCCGGUGCUAUGGCCCGAUACCGAGGAUGAAGAGCCCAUGGGCUGGUCUGAGGCGCCCUCUGCAUCGGGAACCCUUGGGCCACCAACCGAUGAGACGGAGAGCUGGAAAGGCGUCCCGGUCAUGGGCCUUUGGCUCUCUCCGCUGCCCUCUAAAGAGGGCCCAGUUGCGGAAUCCAGUCUCGACGAGGCGCCGAGCGAGGAUCACGAUGUCUCCGGCAAAGUGAAGGUGAAGCUCGCAAGUGCAGUCCCAGUGCCACAUGCGAAACCCACUGCGAUUCCUUCUUUGCUGCCUCUCUUGAGUGCGCAGUCCGCGGCGAGGAGCACCGUCGGCCAAAAGUAUUGUGGCGCCAAGUCUGAACUGGUCCUUGCCACGAGCCCACAGGCGAUGACGCCGAUGUCUUCCGCUGGCACAGAGCGGUCCAAUCGAGCUUCUGCCCUGGGCGCAAGUCCCAUUGGAUCGGCUCCUCAAUCUCCUGUAGACGAGGAAUCAGAGCAGAACCUCUCGGAGAACGAAAGUCAGUUCAUGGGGGAUGUGACGAAGGUGUCCAGAAAGACACGAGAGGAUGUCACCACCAUGAUGGUCAGAGGUGUGCCAGCGCUCAUGACGCAGCGCGACCUGAUAGAGGAGUUGAACGCGUCCGGAUUCCUGCAGCUCUAUGACUUCUGCUACCUGCCGCGGGACUUCAAGUGCUCGGAGAACAAAGGCUAUGCGUUUGUGAAUUUCGUCGCUGCCAAGACCGCUUGCUUAUUCCAGAACGCCUGGCACAAUCGCGUCCUCACGGAUUCCUCGGGCUGCUCUCAGCAAGUGGUCAUCGUAAAUGCAGCAGUGCAGGGCCUGCAGGAGAACAUGAAGAAGUGGUGCGGACCUCGCAUGCGCCGCAUUCGAAAUCCUGAUCUCAAGCCUUUCCUCGCGCCGCACGUCGUGGAGGCGAUGCUGCCGGAACAAUCAAUGGAUCGGACUCCGACCGCCGGUGGCCAAUCCUUGCCGGGUGCCGUGGACCUUGUCGCCUGCAGCCCCACCUCCGAUUCGUCGACGAAGCAAGUGAUGCAAGCCAUGCGUGCCGGUGCUAUUGCGCUGCAGAAGGCCAGCGCCAUGGAUGCUCUUCAGUAUGUUUUCGCUUUGAUAUGA